AUGUCGCGUGCAGUUCUUUCCUCUGCUAAGCAGAGGCUUACUCGCCAUUUAAACGAUAUAACUCAUAUAAUUUCGGAAUGUUCGCAAUAUGACGAGGCGUGGGAUUUCCCCAAAGCUCAAAAAGAACUCUACGUAUUUACCCAUACCCAUCAUAAACUUGUAAGCACUAUCGUAACAAAACUCGAAACCAAACUUGAGGGAAUUACGAAAAUCUAUGAAGAGACCCUAUCCCGCAUCUCGGACACGGAACCCCCAAACGAAAACGUUAUAAAGGAGUUCGAAAACUACUGGGAAGAACGUAAAGGAGAGGAGCUAUUAGAAUCGGCGCGAGCGUUGAUACAGAAGCUCGAAAUAAGAUUAAUGGAGCUCGAAACACAGGAAAUGCACGUAUCAUACGCUGAUGAGUUCGAUGUUCGUACACGUAUGCGCGAUGAUACUUCUCUUUCCUUCACACAAAUUCCUCAAACCUCCUUUUCGCAACCAUUGUCGGACAUUAUGCAGGCCCCACGUCCAUUAGGCAUUCCGCCUCAUUGGUAUCGCAAAGAACUUCGUAUUCCAGACUUUGAUGGCAAUCCUACUGAAUUUGAAGCAUUUUGGGAAAUAUUUUCGGAACUCGUACAUAAACAGCCAUACUCGGACAUCGAAAAAUUAACUAUCCUACUAGAUAAAUGUAAGAGAGAGCAAGAGCCCUAA